AUAACGCUGGCUUACUUUGUGUUCCAGAAGAAAGGAAAUGAUUAAAACCACAUGAUGGAGAGUAAAUGGUUAGGUUGUUUUAAUUUUUGGGUGAAACAUCAAUUUCAUGCUUGUUGCUUUGUGCCUUCAUACUAAAGUUCACUUUUCUUUGUUUUAAGACCUGAUGGUGCUGAAAGAAGAGACUCAUCAAUGGAAUAAAAUGGAAGAGCAACACCAAGAAAUAACAGCUGAUGAAAAACCCACACUGACUAAAAAGACUUCAUGCAGAAGACCUCAGAAAUCCAAAUCUGAGUGUAAUUUCAGCAGUAAACAGUGUAGAAAGAGUGUCUGUCAAAAGUCAAACUUUGAUGUUUACAUGAGAGUUCACACUAAGGAGAAACCUUACACUUGCGAACAGUGUGGAAAGAGUUUUGGUCAAAAACGAAGCUUUAAAACCCACAUGAGAAUUCACACUGGAGAGAAGCCGUACACAUGCCAACAGUGUGGACAAAGCUUCAAUCAUGCAGGAAACUUUGCACUUCACAGGAGAAUUCACACUGGAGAGAGGCCGUACACGUGCCAACAGUGUGGAAAAAGCUUCUAUACUAGUGGAACCUUUGCAGCGCACAUGAGAAUUCACACUGGGGAAAAGCCUUACUCUUGUUCUCAGUGUGGAAAGAGUUUUAAGCAAAAUGGCACCCUUACAGUCCACAUGAGAACUCACACUGGAGAGAGGUGCUACACAUGCCAACAGUGUGGAAAAAGCUUCUAUACUACUGGAAACUUUGCAGCGCACAUGAGAAUUCACACUGGAGAGAGGCCGUACGCAUGCCAACAGUGUGGAAAAAGCUUCUUUCAAUCAGGAAACUUGGCAGUGCACAUGAGAAUUCACACUGGGGAGAGGCCUUACUCUUGCAUUCUGUGUGGAAAGAGUUUUAAGCAAAAUAGCAACCUUGAAGCCCACAUGAGAACUCACAUGAAGAAGAAUCCUUUCACAUGCACUCAGUGUGGAAGGAGUUUUGGAAGAAAAGGCUAUCUUAAGAUUCACAUGAGGAUCCACACUGGAGAGAAACCAUUCACAUGCAAUCAGUGUGGGAAAAAUUUCUGCCAAUCGUCAUCUCUUAAUCAACACAUGAUAAUUCACACUAGCGAGAAACCAUUUACAUGCACUCAGUGUGGGAGGAGUUUCAGCCAAUUAUCACACCUUAAUAAACACAUGAUGAUCCACACUGGAGAGAAACCAUUCACAUGCACUCUGUGUGGGAGGAGUUUCAGCCAAUUAUCACACCUUAAUAAACACAUGAUGAUUCACACUGGAGAGAAACCAUUUACUUGCACUCAGUGUGGGAAGAGUUUUAGCCAAUCAUCAUCUCUUAAUCUACACAUGAGGAUUCACACUGGAGAGAAACCAUUCACAUGCACUCAGUGUGGGAAGAGUUUCAGCCAAUCAUCAAACCUUACUCUACACAUGAGGAUCCACACUGGAGAGAAACCUUUUACAUGCACUCAGUGUGGGAAGAGUUUCAGUCAAUCAUCAUCCCUUAACCUACACAUGAUGAGCCACACUGGAGAGAAACCAUUCAUAUGCACUCAAUGUGGAAAGAGUUUCAGCCAAUCAUCAAACCUUACUCUACACAUGAGGAUCCACACUGGAGAGAAACCUUUUACAUGCACUCAGUGUGGGAAGAGUUUCAGUCAAUCAUCAAACCUUAAUACUCACAUGAUGAUGCACACUGGAGAGAAACCAUUCUCAUGCUAUCAAUAUGGGAAGAGUUUCAGCAAAUCAUCACUUUAUAGACACAAGAAGAUCCACACCGGUAAAAAAACAUUCUCUUGCACUCAGUGUGGGAAGAGUUUUAACUGCUCAUCACACCUUAAUCAACACAUCAGGAUCCACACUGGAGAGAAACCAUUCAGAUGCACUCAGUGUGGGAAGAGUUUUAACUGCUCAUCACACCUUAAUGAACACAUGAUGAUCCACACUGGAGAGAGACCAUUCACAUGCACUCAGUGUGGGAAGAGUUUUAGCAAAUCAUCGUCGCUUUAUAGACACAUGAAGAUCCACACUGGAGAAAAACCAUUCACUUGCACUGAGUGUAGGAAGAGUUUCAGCCAAUCAUCAUCCCUUAAUCUACACAUGAGGAUCCACACUGGAGAGAAACCAUUCACAUGCACUGAGUGUGGGAACAGUUUCAGUAAAUCAUCAUCGCUUUAUAGACACAUGAAGAUCCACACCGGAGAAAAACCAUUCACUUGCACUGAGUGUGGGAAGAGUUUCAUCCAAUCAUCAUGCCUUAAUGUACACAUGAGGAUCCACACUGGAGAGAAACCUUUCACAUGCACUCAGUGUGGGAAGAGUUUCAGCACAUCAUCACACCUUAAAAAACACAUGAAGAUCCACACUGGUGUGAGAGAGUAUAUGUGCUUGGAGUGUGAGAAGACUUUUAUUACAGCUGCAGAAUUGAAACGGCACAAGAGGAUACACACUGGAGAAAAACCGUACAAGUGUUCACAGUGCAGUAAGAGUUUCAGCCGAUCAUCACACCUUAAUGAACACAUGAAGAUCCACACUAGAGAGAAACCAUUCACUUGCACUCAAUGUGGGAAGGGUUUCACCCUAUCAUCACACCUUAACCGACACAAGAAGAUCCACACUAGAGAGAAACCAUUUACUUGCACCCAGUGUGGAAAGACUUUUAACUACUCAUCAUGCCUUAAUGAACACACGAGGAUCCACACUGGAGAGAAACCAUUCACAUGCACUCAGUGUGGGAAGAGUUUCAGCCAAUCAUCACACCUUAAUGAACACAUGAUGAUUCAUACCGGAGAGAAACCAUUCACAUGCACUCUAUGUGGGAAGAGUUUUGGAAGAAAUUUCGAUCUUAAGACUCACAUGACAAUCCACACUGGAGAAAACACAUUCACAUGCACUCAGUGUGGGAAGAGUUCUGGAAGAAAAUGGGAUCUUAAGAUUCACAUGAGGAUCCACACUGGAGAGAAACUAUUCUCAUGCACUCAAUGUGGGAAGGGUUUCACCCUAUCAUCACACCUUAACCGACACAAGAAGAUCCACACUAGAGAGAAACCCUUUACUUGCACCCAGUGUGGAAAGACUUUUAACUACUCAUCAUGCCUUAAUGAACACACGAGGAUCCACACUGGAGAGAAACCAUUCACAUGCACUCAGUGUGGGAAGAGUUUCAGCCGAUCAUCACACCUUAAUGAACACAUGAUGAUUCAUACCGGAGAGAAACCAUUCACAUGCACUCAAUGUGGGAAGGGUUUCACCCUAUCAUCACACCUUAAUCGACAUAAGAAGAUCCACACUAGAGAGAAACCCUUCACUUGCACCCAGUGUGGAAAGACUUUUAACUGCUCAUCACACCUUAAUAAACACAUGAGGGUCCACACUGGAGAGAAACCAUUCACAUGCACUCAGUGUGGGAAGAGUUUUGGAAGAAAAUGGGAUCUUAAGAUUCACAUGAGGAUCCACACUGGAGAGAAACCAUUCACAUGCACUCUGUGUGGGAAGAGUUUCAGCCGAUCAUCACACCUUAAUGAACACAUGAAGAUGCACACUGGAGAGAGACCAUUCACAUGCACUCAAUGUGGAAAAAGUUUCAGCGGAUCAUCACACCUUAAUCGACACAUGAUGAUCCACACUGGAGAGAAACCAUUCACUUGCACUCAGUGUGGGAAGAGUUUUAACUGCUCAUCACACCUUAAUCAACACAUCAGGAUCCACACUGGAGAGAAACCAUUCAGAUGCACUCAGUGUGGGAAGAGUUUUAACUGCUCAUCACACCUUAAUGAACACAUGAUGAUCCACACUGGAGAGAAACCAUUCACAUGCACUCAGUGUGGGAAGAGUUUUAGCAAAUCAUCGUCGCUUUAUAGACACAUGAAGAUCCACACUGGAGAAAAACCAUACACUUGCACUGAGUGUAGGAAGAGUUUCAGCCAAUCAUCAUCCCUUAAUCUACACAUGAGGAUCCACACUGGAGAGAAACCAUUCACAUGCACUGAGUGUGGGAACAGUUUCAGUAAAUCAUCAUCGCUUUAUAGACACAUGAAGAUCCACACCGGAGAAAAACCUUUCACUUGCACUGAGUGUGGGAAGAGUUUCAUCCAAUCAUCAUGCCUUAAUGUACACAUGAGGAUCCACACUGGAGAGAAACCUUUCACAUGCACUCAGUGUGGGAAGAGUUUCAUCCACUCAUCACACCUUAAUCAACACCUCAUGAUCCACACUGGAGAGAAACCAUUCAAAUGCCCUCAGUGUGGGAAGAGUUUUAGCCAAUCAUACCUUAAAAAACACAUGAAGAUUCACACUGGUGUGAGAGAGUAUAUGUGCUUGGAGUGUGAGAAGACUUUUAUUACAGCUGCAGAAUUGAAACGGCACAAGAGGAUACACACUGGAGAAAAACCGUACAAGUGUUCACAGUGCAGUAAGAGGUUUGCUCACUCAGGAACCCUGAAAACACAUGAGAGGAUUCACACUGGAGAGAAACUGUACAAGUGUUCACACUGCAGUAAGAGGUUUGCUCACUCAGGAACCCUGAAAGCACACCAGAGGAUUCACACUGGAGAUAAACUACCAUUCACAUGCACUGAGUGUGGGAAGAGUUUCAGCCUGUCAUCUUCCCUUUAUAACCACAUGAGGAUCCACACUGGAGAGAAACCAUUCACGUGCUCUCAGUGUGGUAAGAGUUUCAGUUGCACUUCGAACCUUUAUCAACACAUGAGGAUCCACACUGGAGUGAAACCAUUUACAUGCACUCAGUGUGGGAAGAGUUUCAGCCAAUCAUCAUACCUUAAUCUACACAUGCGGAUCCACACCGGAGAGAAACCAUUCACAUGCACUCAGUGUGGGAAGAGUUUCAGCCAAUCAUCAUCCCUUUAUAACCACAUGAGGAUCCACACUGGAGAGAAACCAUUCACAUGCACUCAGUGUGGGAAGAGUUUCCGCUGCUCUUCAAACUUUUAUAAACACAUGAGGAUCCACACUGGAGAGAAACCAUUUACAUGCACUCAGUGUGGGAAGAGUUUUAGCCAAUUAUCACACCUUAAUCUACACAUGAGGGUCCACACUAGAGAGAAAUCAUUCACUUGCACUCAGUGUGGGAAGAGUUUCAUCCACUCAUCAUCCCUUAAACUACACAUGAUGAUUCACACUGGAAAGAAAUUGUUCAUUUGCACUUAAGCCGCGGUCAUAUUGGACGUUUCUCCCCAUAGACUUCCAUUCAUAGGCACACAAAUGUGUCAGACCGGAAACGCAAGUUUGUGCAUCACGUUUCGCAGUUGACUGCAUUGCAAAGUUCAAGCUUGGUGAAUUCUGACCUGCAAAAUUGCAUCACUUGACUGUGCGAGACCAAUGGAAGAUCAAAACAUGACCUCUCUGGACAGAAAUUUAAAAUAUGGACUAAUCGCUCACCUUUUUAAUAUCUAAUCAUCUUUUUUAAUUCCACCCCUUUUCGCAGCACCAUACAACAUACAACUCUAGUGUGACCGCAGCUUUGGUGUGGGAUGAGUUUCAGCCGAUCAGCAAACCUUAAUGAACACAUGAAGAUCCACACUGGUGUUAACGAGUAUAUGUGCUUGAGUGAGAAGACUUUUAGGUAACACUUUCUUUUACAACCCGCAAAGUACCGCGUAAGUACAGUGAAAUAACAGUGUACAUUUCUGUACAUAUUGUAUAAGUUUAAUAAACGUAUAUGUAGGUAUUAGGGAACAAACUGUAAAGCUUGAGUGUUAAGAGGGUAACAACCAGAUAUUAAACACGAAAAUUACCACGCAAGUACAGUGAAAUAACGGUGUAAUUUUCUGUAUGUACAGUUUAAGUAUAAAUAACAUGUGUGGAUAUAAAGGAAACAAACUGUAAUGCUUGGGCAAUAAGGGAGUAACUACCAGAUAUUCAACACGAAAAGUACCCCGUAAGUAUAUUGAAUUUACGGUGUACUUCUCUUUAAAUUGCAAAGAAACAAACCAUAAUGUUUGGAUAAGAAGGGGGUAACAAUAAGAUAUUCAACACGCAAAGAACCACGUAAGUAUAUUGAGUUUACGAUGUACUUUUCUUCAAGUAUUGUAUACAUAUAAAGAAUUUUGCAAGGGUGGUGACAACCUAAUGCAACCUGCAAAUGUACAUGCACCUAAGUACAUUAGUACUCUUAUUCAGUCUUUGGUUUUAUUUGGGGUGUUUAAUGAAUAAAAGGUUUACAACUUGUUAAAUUAUGAACCCCUAUUGUAUACUGUAUGUAUUUUAAAUCUGCAAUUCAAUAUAAAAAUAUAUUUCCAUACACUACUUA